GAUACGUGACACUUGCAAAAGUGACACCUCGUCUGCAAUCUCAACAUUUGCGAGCUGAUAAAAAACUCCAAUUAACUAAUUAAUUACAUUAAAUUUUUAAGUUAUCAACGCAGAUUCGACAAAAUGGCUGCAAAACGGGACUUGGUAGAGUAAAAAGACUUCUUCUAAAAUGGGCUUCACUAUUGACCGUUUGUUUUUUAGUGUGGAGUGUAAUUAUGGAAAAAUUUCCCUUGAAGAGUAGUGUUGCCACUGCAGUACCAUCACCUUCUUACCAGUCAAUGACCAAAAAGCACGCUAACGGCCACAAUCGAGCUACGUUCGUGGCAUCCCCCGAUGAGGAUAUGGUGGACAUUCAAACAUCUGGAUCCGUGGGGGGCGGAGACCUGCAUCGCACCACAAGAUUGGGGGACGAAGACGAUGACGGAGUAUCGCACUACUCUGUGGCAUACGCAGGAUCACAUGAAUCAGCUGAUAUUCCUGGAAUUGGACAGUAUGAAGAUUUUCACACAAUCGAUUGGCAACGGGAUAUUGCAAGAGAUCGUAUGAGACAUAGGUAUAUAGUUAAAAAGAAACAAGACUCGCUAUGGAAUCUCUUAGAGGGCGCUCACGACGCGUGGUCGGGUUGGCUGUGUGUAUUACUAGUAGGUUUAUUCACCGGCGCAGUCGCUGGCGUUAUCGACAUCGGUGCCAGUUGGAUGACCGACUUGAAAUUCGGCAUUUGCCCUCAGGCUUUCUGGUUGAACCAAGUCCAAUGCUGUUGGUCGUCUAACGAGACUAGUUUCGAAGCGGAAAAUUGUUCGCAGUGGCAGACUUGGUCGGAAAUAUUGGGCCAAAGCAGAGAUGGAGCAGGAGCUUAUAUCAUUUCUUAUUUAUUUUAUAUACUAUGGGCCCUCCUAUUUGCCUCUUUAUCAGCUUCCUUAGUGCGCAUGUUCGCACCUUACGCAUGCGGCUCUGGUAUUCCAGAGAUAAAAACUAUUCUAAGUGGAUUUAUCAUAAGAGGCUAUCUUGGAAAAUGGACUCUUAUCAUUAAAUGCGUCGGUUUGAUCCUGUCAGUAUCUGCUGGUCUCAGUUUAGGAAAAGAGGGACCCAUGGUGCACAUAGCAUGCGCAAUUGGUAACAUUCUCUCAUAUCUUUUUCCAAAGUAUGGAAGGAAUGAGGCGAAGAAGAGAGAAAUCUUGUCAGCUUCUGCAGCGGCUGGCGUGUCCGUAGCCUUUGGAGCUCCAAUUGGAGGAGUUUUGUUCAGUUUAGAAGAGGUGAGCUAUUAUUUUCCCUUGAAGACGCUUUGGAGAUCGUUUUUCUGCGCGUUGAUAGCAGCUUUCAUUCUGAGAUCGAUAAAUCCUUUCGGAAACGAGCAUUCCGUCCUAUUUUACGUGGAAUACAACAAGCCUUGGAUAUUUUUCGAGUUGAUUCCAUUUAUAGGACUUGGAAUUAUUGGGGGUGUUAUAGCUACUAUUUUCAUAAAAGCCAACUUGUAUUGGUGUAAAUAUAGGAAAUCUUCGAAAUUGGGCCAAUACCCGGUCACCGAAGUACUCGUAGUCACUGUAAUGACUGCUAUUAUCGCCUAUCCAAAUCCAUACACACGAAUGAACACCAGUCAACUUAUCUUCCUUUUGUUUAGCCAAUGUGGAAUUGCUAAUUCUGAUGAUUUAUGCGAUUAUAAACGCAACUUCACCGACGUAAAUAAAGCCAUAGAAAUGGCGGAGACCAACGAAGGAGUACACCGAGCUGUAUGGCUUCUCAUCUUAGCCCUCAUUUUGAAACUCAUCAUGACCGUAUUCACAUUCGGCAUGAAGGUACCUUGCGGUCUCUUUAUUCCAUCGUUGUGCUUGGGAGCCAUCGUCGGACGACUUGUUGGCAUUGGUAUGGAGCAAUUAGCCUUUACAUAUCCCAAGAUCUGGUUCUUCAGCGGAGAGUGUUCGACGGGAGAGGACUGCAUAACGCCCGGGCUGUAUGCCAUGGUGGGGGCGGCAGCAGUCCUCGGGGGCGUAACGAGAAUGACAGUGUCGCUCGUCGUCAUAAUGUUCGAGCUUACGGGCGGGGUUAGGUAUAUAGUACCUUUGAUGGCAGCUGCUAUGGCCAGUAAGUGGGUGGGGGACGCUUUAGGUAGACAGGGUAUUUAUGACGCGCACAUAGCGUUGAACGGAUAUCCGUUCCUGGAUUCCAAGGAUGAAUUCCAACAUACGUCGCUGGCGGCUGAUGUUAUGCAACCGAAGCGUAACGAAACAUUGAGUGUGCUCACUCAAGAUUCGAUGACAGUCGAUGACGUAGAAACACUACUUAAGGAGACUGAACAUAACGGCUAUCCAGUUGUCGUAUCGAGAGAGUCUCAGUAUCUUGUGGGAUUCGUUGUGAGGAGAGAUCUUAAUUUGGCAAUAGCCAAUGCGAAGAGGAUGGUGGACGGCAUAUGCGGCCAAUCCUUGGUACUUUUCACACAAGGAAACGCCCCCCAAACUCUGGGGCCGCCGCCACUAAAUCUCAAGAAAAUACUCGAUAUGGCGCCUAUCACCAUAACUGACCAGACACCCAUGGAGACUGUUGUAGAUAUGUUUAGAAAAUUAGGUUUAAGGCAAACGCUCGUCACACACAACGGGCGCUUACUAGGAGUAAUAACCAAAAAAGAUGUCCUCAGGCACAUCAAACAGAUGGACAACGAGGAUCCUAACUCAGUCCUUUUUAAUUAAUUUUUAAAUUAAUAUCCCUUUGUAUACAAUCAUUUUCAUUCAGUAUAUACGUUUAUUUAAGAGAGUAAUCAUUUAUCUUUAUCCCAUUUUUAUUGCAAUAAUUAUGUAUUAUAUUCAUGUAAUUAUUUAACGUUGUUUAUAACGUUAGUUGUCUUCCUUAGUCACGUUCAUGUGUUUAUUUUGACGCAAUUAAUUUUGUUUGUUCAGCGAAUUCUCAAAGUAUUUUCUUCUGCUCCGAUUUUAGCUAAUUUUUUCUUGUGGUUUGCCCGAGAAGUACAGGUAAGUGGGUUGGACAAAGUGGCCUUUCGUUAAUUAUAUAUUGGGAAUGAAAAGAGAAUGAAAAUUUUCAAGAUACAAUAUUUAAAACUAGAUCAUGGAAGAAAAAGGAAACUUCAAUAAAUGUAUCUUUCUUCCAGUUUCUGAAACCGUCCGAGCUACACCGUGUAGUGUGCCGAUAGACUAACGUAGAAUAACCACAGGCUGUUCCUGUGGAAAAUACUGGAUGUUAUAAAGAUGUCCAUAUCUUUAAAGCACUAAAGAAUUGAGCUCACAACAUAUCUGGGCACUAUUGAAGCAUUGAUGAACGAAAGUAUGGAGCUUGCGACAAGAUUGAAGCUUUUUAUAGCGUUUAGUAAUUGCCCUAGUAAUAUGGUGCCCAACGUGGGGCUCAUGUUUCUGUGGCUAGUACUGGAUGCUAUAAAAAGGUCCACAUCUUGCGCCCUAUAAGGUUUAGUAGAAGCUCAAAUUAAUGACGCAAUGUAGCAAUUGGAAUUCUAGGAGCUCAGGUACGUUGCAGGAAUUUCAAAUUUAAUAAUAUGUACUGUCCUUAGCAGGAAUAGUAUAAAAUAGCUUUACAGACGGCUCUAAAAGUAAAAAAGAAUGUGGUAUAAACAAAAGCUAACUUAAAAAAUCAGUAUUCUAUUAUAUUAUUGUAUUAUAUUAAUGAACAAUACAGAAAGUCUUCUUAUAUUUUUUUGGAUAUACCUUACAUUGGCGUAUUAAUUAAUAUUAAAUUCAUUUGAUUUUGGGCUAAAAAUUGCUUUGAAAAAUACUUUGAGAAUUUAUUGAAAUUAAAAACUUGCAAAUAUGUAUAUUUAUGUAAGUAUGUGGUUUUUAAAUAAUGCUCAGAAUAAUAUAUUAUAUGUAAUAAAGUACAUUUUUAUAAAUAUUUAAA